UGCAGGUCAGUGGUGGAGUUGCAAAGUCCCUUAAACCCCGUAUCUUCCGCUCCCACUCUCUUUCAAAAAGUAGCCAGUCCCCUACCAGGCCGGCCUAACUUAAACCAUCGUUCACGUAGACGAACAGCUUGUUUGCUACCCCAAAGUCCGAAUCUUUACCUUGCGGCCUAAACGAAAAUCCUCAUACGCAAAAUGGUACCCAGCCUAAUCACACCGCCUCCGAGCCGCUCUGGAGAAGCCACACCAACAAAAGAUGCCUGUCUGUACCCGGUCAAUGGCGCCGAACCCGAGGGUCACUGGAUACGACUUCCAGAAGCGCUGUUCUCGUCAAUUAUGGCAGUGGAACCAGAAGUCAAUCCCUUGUACAAGACAUCGAAAGCUUUAUCAGACGAAUGGCUGAAAACUGCAUUGCGGAUGAGCGACAAGACAGCGACCGUCUGGAGUCGGCUUGACAUUGCCUACAUGAGCGCAAUAUGCGCGCCGCACGCUGAUCUCGAAACACUUAAACUGAUGAAUGACUGGAAUGGAUGGGUCUUUGCAUUCGAUGACCCCUUUGACGAGGGAAAAUUUGCCAAUGACCCCAUCAAAGCAGCUGAAGAAGUCAUCUAUACACUCUCGACCCUCGAUAAUAUCCAUCCCGUUGUCUCACCCGACGAGAACCCACUGCGACAUACCCUCCAAUCCUGCUGGAUGCGUUUCAGAGAGCGAUCUAGCCCGAGUCUACAGUACCGAUGGAAGAAGCACCUUACCAUGUACUGUGUCGGCGUGCUGCAACAGGUUGGCGUCCAGCAUAGGGCGACACGGCCUACAAUCGAGGAGUACAUGGACAUGCGCGCUGGUUGCGUAGGAGCUUACCCCUGCAUUGGGCUCAUGGAGUUUGCCGAAGGCAUCGAUAUCCCCCAAUACGUCAUGGACCAUCCCUCAAUGCAGGCGAUAUCACGAAUCACAUGCGAUUUAGUCACAUUACAAAACGACUUGUGCUCGUACCGAAAGGAUUUGAUCCAGGGUGAAGAGAGUAACAUCAUCUUCAUCCUGAAGGAUCAGGGCAUGACUGAUCAGCAAGCGGUUGACCAGAUUGGGGAGAUGCUCUAUGACUGCUACCGAAGAUGGCACAUGGCCUUGGCGAAUCUGCCGUUCUGGGGUGAGGGCAUUGACAGGGAUGUCAUAAAGUUUGUCAAUGGAUGCCGAAAUAUCGCACUCGGUAACCUUCACUGGAGUCUAUACACGUUCAGAUAUCUUGGCAACGAUGGUCCAGAAGUAAAGAGGACUCGCAUGAUGAAGCUCCCUUAGGUGAAGAAUUAAUUGUUGGGGACGUGGUGAGAAGCGAGAAGCGAAUUGCGUGGAAUGAUGUCGUAAGCUGACCCUUCAGGCGAGAACAAGGGGGUUUUCGCUUCUAGAAGGAAAGGGUCAAACCCACUUUAGAUACCCGUAUACGAGAAAUUGACUUCUGUUUCAAUUGGUUCA